UAUCUGGAGAACAUGUGUGUAAUGAACUGUAUCUGCCUGGACUGUAUAAAACAGUGGGAUUUCUUUAUGUCUUUGGAAUCUCAUCAGCAGAUUAUUUUGCUUCAGAGUUUCUUCAGUAUAUUUUGGAAAAUUAUGGAUCGUCACAUUCCCAUGCAUGCAUUACCUGAAGAAAUCCAAAAGAUGUCCCCUGAAGAAAAAGUUUGUAAGUACUGUGGAGUCAGCUAUCUAAUUCUCCAUGAGUUUAAAGCUAUGGAAGAAAAAGUGAAAGCGAUGGAGAAAGAGAUGAAAUUUUAUCAAGGAAGUAUAGAACGUGAAAAGAGACUUCAAGAAAAGCUGCAUGCUCUUAGCCAAGAUUUUGAACAGUACAAAAUUGACAAUGACUCCAAAACAGAAAGAAUUCAAGCUGAAAGCAUGCAUUUAAAAAGUCAGCAAAAUGAAUUUCAAAGAGUACAGAAAGAAUUGAGUCAUUUGCAACAGCAGUUAAAAAUUAAACAGAGACAAUCACAAGUCUGCAGUCAAAGAUUGAUGGAGUACAAAUAUUUCUGGAAUAAGACUCUUUCAUUACUUACUUUUACUAAAAGGGAGAUAACUAGUAUCAAAAAUGAAGUUUAUGAUCAUUUUCAAAGCUGGACUUCACUGAAAGAAGAAGUUUGUCUCCAAAUUAAAUCCAUAAGUGAAACAGCCUUGACAGAAAUAGAGAUACUGAAUAAAAGUUUGUCAGUGUCUCAGAGAAAUAAGGUAUGCCUUGAAGAGGAAAUGAAAAAUCUGAAGUUGUUGUCAGAUGCAGCUAUACUGAGGUCUCAGCAGAUUCAAACAUCUAAACAACAGGAAGUAAACUUGCAAACCAGAUGCCAUGACCUGCAAAAAGAAGUACUAGAUUUACAAUCUCAAGUAGAGGCACUUGGGUUAAAACUUCAGAAGGCAGUGACCCAGCUGGACAGCUGUAAAGAAGAGCUCAAGAAUAAGUCUAAUGAAGCUGAUGACUGCCAGAGAAAACUUAGGAAACUGAAGUUUGAAUCCAUUAUUUCUGAAUCAAGGCAUACCAGAUUGCUUAAAGAGAAAGAAGACUCUUUAGUGGCUUGUCAACAGAUACAUAAAACUUUACAGGAAGAACUAACUGCAAAAGAAAGGCAAGAAGAAGACAUAAAAAGAAGACUUACCCUUGCAGAAAAUGAACUGGAGAUAACCAAAACUCUUCUGAGUCAGAUGAAGGAAGAGGUUGUAACACUGAAACGUGACAGGGAAUUGAUGCUGAUUUCACAUCAGAAAAGCAUUGAGCAGCUGCAGGAAACCCUUAGACAGAAGCUGCUGGAUGAUGAUAACUGGAGGGAGAAGAUUGAAGCUGAACUCACCAAGGAAAGAGCCCAGCAUUUACUUGAAGUUGAGGAGCAAGCUCUUCUCUGUAAAGAAGAAGCUAAACUGGAACUUGAUAUUGAAAAGGAAAAACACCAAGAAAUGAUCCAAAAGUAUAAGAAAGAACAAGAGGAGCUACAAAUGAAGAUAUCUGACUUAAUCGCAGGCGCUACUAGAGACUUAAGGCUGGAAGUAGCCACUCUUGAAAAAAAACUGCAUGAAUCCCAUGUCCAAUAUACUGAAGAAUCUGAGUCAAAGGAGAAGGAAAUUGAAAACCUUAAGAAUCUGGUUGCAGAAUUUGAAUCUCGCUUGAAGAAGGAAAUUGACAAUGGUGAUUUUGUUUCAGAGGACUUGAGGAAGGAAAUGAAACAGAAGUCCGAUGAACUGGAAAGGGCCCUGCUGGCGCAGACGCAGCUGAUGCAGCAGUUCAGGCAGUCCCAGGAAGAGAACACUUUGCUCCAGGAAACAGUGCGCAGAGAGUGUGAAGAACGCUUUGAAUUGACAGAGGCUUUGAGUCAAGCCCGAGAACAGCUCCUGGAGCUCAGCAAGCACAGUGGAAGUUUACCAUUGUCACCGUGUUUCCCCAGCCAGGGCAGCCUAACCUCCUCCGCUGCAGCAGGCAGUAAUCAGGGGGAGAGAAGCACUUCGAGACUGAACUCGGAAAAAGGAAUCAGAAUCCCCAGCCUGCACGGAGUGCCACAGCCCACCCUUUCUCCACCAUCAGCUCAGCCCAAGAGGGUCAGCAACUCAGGUUUGCCCACUGUCCUUCAACCACAUCCUCCCAGGGGUCGGGCAUCUUCAGUGAUUAAGACCAGACAGAGACUGGCUGUCCUUCUGUGGAGACUGAAUCAUCAGUGAUUGGUCCAGAGUCCAGAGCACAUCCACACGGCAUUUCUGGUCGUUCCCUGAGUGCUGGAGACUCCCGGUCACCGAGGAUGACCGAAGUCGAACCAGUACCGCAGAUCACGAGUGCAUGUCUAUAGAUAUUUUUAACAA